AUGACCACUUUACUCUUGGUGUUUGUGACUCUGAGGGUCAUCACAGCAGCCAUCUCAGUAGAAGUUUCAGAACCUGACAACUCGCUGAGUGUCAGCAUCCCUGAACCAUCCCCGCUGCGGGUCCUCCUGGGGAGCUCCCUCACCAUCCCCUGCUACUUCAUCGACCCCAUGCACCCCGUGACCACCGCCCCCUCCACCGCCCCCCUCGCCCCGAGAAUCAAGUGGAGCCGCAUAUCCAAGGAGAAGGAGGUGGUGCUGCUGGUGGCCACGGAAGGGCGGGUGCGGGUCAACAGCGCCUACCAAGACAAGGUCACGCUGCCCAACUACCCUGCCAUCCCCAGCGACGCCACCCUGGAAAUCCAGAACCUGCGCUCCAAUGACUCCGGGAUCUAUCGCUGUGAGGUGAUGCACGGCAUCGAGGACAGCCAGGCCACCCUGGAGGUCGUGGUGAAAGGCAUUGUGUUCCAUUACAGAGCCAUCUCCACGCGCUACACCCUGGACUUUGACAGGGCGCAGCGGGCCUGCCUGCAGAACAGCGCCAUCAUCGCCACGCCCGAGCAGCUGCAGGCCGCCUAUGAGGACGGCUUCCACCAGUGCGACGCCGGCUGGCUGGCCGAUCAGACUGUGAGGUACCCCAUCCACACGCCGAGGGAAGGUUGCUAUGGAGACAAGGACGAGUUUCCGGGCGUGAGAACCUACGGCAUCCGGGACACCAAUGAAACCUAUGACGUGUACUGCUUCGCGGAGGAGAUGGAGGGCGAGGUCUUCUAUGCAACAUCCCCGGAGAAGUUCACCUUCCAGGAGGCAGCCAACGAGUGCCGGCGGCUGGGCGCCAGGCUGGCCACCACAGGCCAACUCUACCUGGCCUGGCAGGGUGGCAUGGACAUGUGCAGCGCCGGCUGGCUGGCUGACCGCAGCGUGCGAUACCCCAUCUCCAAGGCCCGACCGAACUGCGGGGGCAACCUCCUGGGAGUGAGGACCGUCUACCUGCAUGCCAACCAGACGGGCUACCCUGACCCUUCAUCCCGCUAUGACGCCAUCUGCUACACAGGUGAAGACUUUGUGGACAUCCCAGAAAACUUUUUCGGGGUAGGCGGCGAGGAGGACAUCACCAUCCAGACGGUGACCUGGCCUGAUGUGGAGCUGCCCCUGCCCCGAAAUAUCACCGAGGGUGAAGCCCGAGGCAACGUGAUCCUCACGGCAAAGCCCGACUUUGAAGUCUCCCCAACCGCCCCAGAACCCGAGGAGCCUUUCACGUUUGCCCCCGAAGUAAGGGCCACUGCAUUCCCCGCAGUGGAGAACAGGACUGGAGAGGCCACCUGGCCCUGGGCCUUUCCCAGAGAGUCCACGACCGGCGUGGGAGCCCCCACGGCCUUCACCAGUGAGGACCUCGUCGUGCAGGUGACCUUAGCCCCAGGUGCAACCGAGGUCCCUGGGCAGCCACGACUGCCAGGGGGAGUCGUGUUCCACUACCGCCCGGGCUCCUCCCGCUACUCGCUGACCUUUGAGGAGGCCAAGGAGGCCUGCCUGCGCACUGGGGCCGUCAUCGCCUCGCCCGAGCAGCUCCAGGCCGCCUAUGAAGCAGGCUACGAGCAGUGUGACGCCGGCUGGCUGCAGGACCAGACAGUCAGAUACCCCAUUGUGAGCCCGCGGACCCCCUGUGUGGGUGACAAGGACAGCAGCCCAGGGGUCCGGACCUACGGCCUGCGGCCAUCAUCAGAAACCUACGAUGUCUACUGCUACGUGGACAGACUCGAGGGGGAGGUGUUCUUUGCCACACGCCUGGAGCAGUUCACCUUCCGGGAAGCCCAGGAGUUCUGUGAAUCCCAAAACGCCACGCUGGCCACCACGGGCCAGCUCUAUGCUGCCUGGAGCCGCGGUCUGGACAAGUGCUAUGCCGGCUGGCUGUCCGACGGCAGCCUCCGCUACCCCAUCGUCACCCCAAGGCCCGCCUGCGGCGGGGACAAACCAGGCGUGAGAACCGUCUACCUCUACCCCAACCAGACAGGCCUGCUGGAUCCGCUGUCCCGGCACCACGCCUUCUGCUUCCGAGGUGUUUCAGCGGUGCCCUCUCCAGGAGAAGAGGAGGGUAGCACACCCACAGCGGGCCCUGACGUGGAGGACUGGAUCGUGACCGAAGUGGGGCCUGGCGUGGCUGCUGUCCCUGUCGGGGAGGAGACGACUGCAAUCCCAGGCUUCACCGUUGAGCCAGAAAACAAGACGGAAUGGGAACUUGCCUACACCCCAGCGGGCACCUUCCCACUACCAGGGAUCCCUCCUACAUGGCCUCCCACUGGAGAAGCAACAGAGGAGCACACAGAAGGCCCUUCUGCAACGGAAGUGCCCUCAGCCUCAGAGAAGCCGUUCCCCUCAGAGGAACCAUUCCUCCCAGAGGAACCAUUCCCCUCAGAGAAACCAUUCCCCCCAGAGGAACUGUUCCCCUCAGAGAAGCCGUUCCCCUCAGAAAAGCCAUUCCCCUCAGAAAAGCCGUUCCCCUCAGAGGAACCGUUCCCCUCAGAAAAACCAUUUCCCCCAGAGGAACUGUUCCCCUCAGAGAAGCCAAUCCCCUCAGAGGAGCCAUUCCCCUCAGAGAAGCCAUUCCCCCCAGAGGAACCAUUCCCCUCAGAGAAACCAAUCCCCUCAGAGGAGCCUUUCCCCUCAGAGAAGCCAUUCCGCCCAGAGGAACCAUUCCCCUCAGAGAAACCAAUCCCCUCAGAGGAGCCUUUCCCCUCAGAGAAGCCAUUCGCCCCAGAGGAACCAUUCCCCUCAGAGAAACCAAUCCCCUCAGAGGAGCCUUUCCCCUCAGAGGAGCCAUCCACACUUUCAGCCCCAGUGCCCAGCAGGACUGAGCUACCAAUCUCUGGGGAGGCAUCUGGGGUACCCGAAGUCAGUGGUGACUUCACAGGCAGUGGAGAAAUUUCAGGACACCUAGACUUCAGUGGGCAGCCCUCAGGGGAAAGUGCAAGUGGACUGCCCUCUGAAGACCUUGUCUCCAGUGGGCUCACCCCUACAGUGGGCUCAGGCCUGCCUGUGGAAAGUGGACUGCCUUCAGGGGAAGAAGAGAGAAUUACAUGGACCAGUGCUCCUAAAGUUGACAGGUUGCCCUCUGGGGGUGAGGGCCCAGAAGUUUCUGCUUCUGGAGUAGAGGACAUCAGUGGACUUCCUUCUGGAGGAGAGGUUCAUCUAGAGAUCUCUGCCUCUGGAGUAGAGGACAUCAGUGGACUUCCUUCUGGAGGAGAGGUUCAUUUAGAGAUCUCUGCCUCUGGAAUAGAGGACCUGAGUGGAAUUCCUUCUGGAGAAGGUCCAGAAGUCUCUGUCUCUGGAGUAGAGGAUCUCAGUGGACUUCCUUCUGGAGAAGAAGGUCAUCUAGAGAUCUCUGCCUCUGGAGUAGAAGACCUGAGUGGAAUUCCUUCUGGAGAAGGUCCAGAAGUCUCUGCUUCUGGAGUAGAGGACCUAAGUAGACUUCCUUCUGGAGAAGGUCCAGAAGUCUCUGCCUCUGGAGUAGAGGACCUCAGUAGACUUCCUUCUGGAGAAGUUCCAGAAGUCUCUGCCUCUGGAGUAGAGGAUCUCAGCAGACUUCCUUCUGGAGAAGUUCCAGAAGUCUCUGCCUCUGGAGUAGAGGACCUCAGUAGACUUCCUUCUGGAGAAGGUCCAGAAAUCUCUGCCUCUGGAGUAGAGGACCUCAGUAGACUUCCUUCUGGAGAAGGUCCAGAAGUCUCUGCCUCUGGAGUAGAGGACAUCAGUAUACUUCCUUCUGGAGAAGGUCCAGAAGUCUCUGCCUCUGGAGUAGAGGACCUCGGUGUUCUUCCGUCUGGAGAAGGUCAUCUAGAGAUCUCUGCCUCUGGAGUAGAGGACCUCAGUAGACUUCCUUCUGGAGAAAGUCCUGAAGUCUCUGCCUCUGGAGUAGAGGACCUCGGUGUUCUUCCUUCUGGAGAAGGUCAUCUAGAGAUCUCUGCCUCUGGAGUAGAGGACCUCAGUAGACUUCCUUCUGGAGAAAGUCCAGAAGUCUCUGCCUCUGGAGUAGAGGACCUCAGUGUUCUUCCUUCUGGAGAAGGUCAUCUAGAGAUCUCUGCCUCUGGAGUAGAGGACCUCAGUAGACUUCCUUCUGGAGAAGGUCCAGAAGUCUCUGCCUCUGGAGUAGAGGACCUCAGUGUUCUUCCUUCUGGAGAAGGUCAUCUAGAGAUCUCCGCCUCUGGAGUAGAGGACCUCAGUAGACUUCCUUCUGGAGGAGAGGAUCAUCUAGAGACUUCUGCUUCUGGAGUAGGGGACCUUAGUGGACUUCCUUCUGGAAGGGAAGGUCUGGAGAUCUCUGCUUCUGGAGCUGGGGAUCUUAGUGGGUUGACUUCUGGAAAAGAAGACUUGACUGGGUCAGCUUCUGGAGCCUUGGACCUUGGCAGACUACCUUCUGUAACUUUAGGAAGUGGGCAAGCUCCAGAAGCAAGUGGUCUUCCUUCUGGAUUUAGUGGUGAGUAUUCUGGGGUGGACCUUGGAGGUGGCCCAUCCUCUGGCCUUCCUGAUUUCAGUGGACUUCCAUCUGGGUUCCCAACUGUCUCUCUGGUGGAUACUACGUUGGUGGAAGUCGUCACAGCCACCACAGCAGGUGAACUAGAAGGAAGGGGAACCAUUGACAUCAGCGGUGCUGGAGAAACAUCUGGGCUGCCCUUCAGUGAGUUGGACAUUAGUGGAGGAGCAAGCGGACUCUCUUCAGGAGCUGAACUCAGUGGCCAAGCAUCUGGGUCUCCUGAGAUCAGUGGGGAAACCUCUGGACUCUUUGGUGUCAGUGGACAGCCCUCAGGGUUUCCUGACAUUAGUGGGGAAACUUCCGGGCUUCUUGAGGUCAGUGGGCAGCCAUCAGGGUUUUCUGGAGAAAUAUCUGGCAUGACUGAGCUUAGCGGACUGCCCUCUGGACAACCAGAAAUCAGUGGAGAAGCUUCUGGAAUUCUUUCUGGCCUUGGUCCACCAUUCGGCAUAACCGACCUGAGUGGAGAAGCACCCGGGAUCCCUGAUCUCAGUGGGCAACCAUCGGGUUUGCCAGAGUUCAGUGGAACAACAUCCAGGAUCCCUGACCUGGUUUCCAGUGCUGUGAGUGGCAGUGGUGAAUCUUCUGGCAUUAUGUUCGUGGACACCAGUUUGGUUGAAGUGACCCCAACGACAUUUAAAGAAGAAGAAGGCUUAGGAUCUGUGGAACUCAGUGGCCUCCCUUCAGGAGAGGCGGGUCUCUCAGGCACAUCUGGGCUAGUGGCUGUCAGUGGACUGUCUUCUGGAGCAAUUGACUCCAGUGGGUUUACGCCCCAACCUCCAGAAUUCAGUGGCCUGCCAAGCGGAGUAACUGAGGUCAGUGGAGAAGCCUCCGGAGCUGCGAGUGGAAGCAGCCUGCCCUCCGGAGCAUAUGAUAGCAGUGGACUUCCGUCUGGUUUCCCCACUGUCUCUUUUGUAGACAGGACUUUGGUGGAAUCUGUAACCCAGGCUCCAACUGCCCAAGAAGCAGGAGAAGGGCCUUCAGGCAUUCUGGAACUUAGCGGUACCCCUUCUGGAGCACCAGACAUGUCUGGAGACCAUUUGGGAUCUUUGGACCAAAGUGGGCUUCAGUCUGGACUAGUGGAGCCCCGUGGGGAGCCCGCAAGUACUCCAUAUUUUAGUGGGGACUUUUCUGGCGCCACUGAUGUAAGUGGGGAAUCCUCUGCAGCAACGAGCACCAGUGGGGAGGCCUCCGGACUUCCAGAAGUUACGUUAAUCACGUCUGAGUUGGUGGAGGGUGUUACUGAACCAACCGUUUCCCAGGAACUGGGCCAGAGACCCCCUGUAACAUACACCCCCCAACUUUUUGAAUCCAGUGGUGAAGCCUCUGUGUCUGGGGAUGUGCCAGGGUUCCCUGGAUCUGGGGUAGAAGUGUCACCAGUCCCAGAAUCCAGCGGUGAGACAUCAGCCUAUCCCGAGGCUGAGGUGGGAGCGUCUGCUGCCCCCGAGGCAAGUGGAGGAGCUUCCAGGUCCCCUAACCUGAGUGAAACCACCUUCACCUUCCAUGAAGCUGAUCUGGAGGGAGCCUCAGGCCUGGGAGCAAGUGGCAGCCCCUCAGCCUUUCCAGAAGGCCCCACAGAGGGCUUGGCCACCCCAGAAGUGAGUGGAGAGUCAACCACCGCCUUUGACGUGAGUGUAGAGGCAUCAGGCUCACCUUCCGCCACUCCCCUGGCUUCUGGAGACAGGACUGACACCAGCGGAGACCUGUCUGGCCACACCUCAGGGCUGGAUAUUGUCAUCAGCACCACCAUCCCAGAAUCCAAGUGGAUUCAGCAGACCCAGCGCCCUGCAGAGGCGCGUCUAGAAAUCGAAUCCUCAAGCCCUGUGCACUCAGGAGAAGAGAGUCAAACAGCCAACACAGCCACCUCCCCAACUGAUGCUUCUAUCCCAACCUCCACAGGAGGGACAGAUGAUUCAGAGGCAACCACAACAGACAUUGACGAGUGCCUCUCAAGCCCUUGUCUGAAUGGAGCCACCUGCGUGGACGCCAUCGACUCUUUCACAUGCUUAUGCCUUCCCAGCUACCAAGGGGACAUGUGUGAGAUUGACCAGAAGCUGUGCGAGGAGGGCUGGACCAAGUUCCAGGGCCACUGUUACCGCCACUUCCCCGACCGGGCAACCUGGGUGGACGCCGAGAGCCAGUGCCGGAAACAGCAGUCACACCUGAGCAGCAUCGUCACCCCCGAGGAGCAGGAGUUUGUCAACAACAAUGCCCAGGACUACCAGUGGAUCGGCCUGAAUGACAAGACCAUCGAAGGGGACUUCCGCUGGUCAGAUGGACACUCCUUGCAAUUUGAGAACUGGCGCCCCAACCAGCCUGACAACUUCUUCGCCACUGGGGAGGAUUGCGUGGUGAUGAUCUGGCAUGAGAAGGGCGAGUGGAACGAUGUCCCAUGCAAUUACCAGCUGCCCUUCACCUGUAAAAAGGGCACAGUGGCCUGUGGAGAGCCCCCUGUGGUGGAGCACGCCAGAAUCUUCGGACAGAAGAAGGACCGAUACGAGAUCAACGCCCUGGUGCGGUACCAGUGCACCGAGGGCUUCAUCCAGCGACACGUGCCCACCAUCCGGUGCCAGCCCAGCGGGCACUGGGAGGAGCCUCGGAUCACCUGCACGGACCCCGCCACCUACAAGCGCAGACUACAGAAGCGGAGCUCACGGCCCCUGAGGAGGAGCCGCCCCAGCACGGCCCACUGA